GUCGACUCGUGUCUCUCUCUACCUCGCCAUCUUGAUUAAUUAUCGUUUGUUUGAAACCUGCUGGCUCGACUCGGCUGCUCCGUUUGCUUGCGUCUCUGUCUUUCUCCGUGGGCGCAUCCUGGUGAUGCGAUCGACACUCCAUUGUUGACAUCUCCUUUCCUUUCGACCCCCUCCCCCCCUUGCUGCUGUUCAACACGUUCGAUCGGAGUUUAGCUAGCAGCUGCAAUUCGCGGGUUCCCCUCCUGAGUAUUUAAGGGGUGUGUUCUCUAUUCCCUUUUUUUUUUCUUGUCAUUCAUUCUUUUACCUUUUUAUUUCUACAUUCUUGCGUGAUCGACCCGUUAUCGACUCCAAAAUUCUCCUCGACCUGCAUACCCGUCCAUCAUGCCGUCCGUCCCUCCCCUGAAAUUGUCUCACCGCCAUACGCAGAGUCAGGCGUCGAGCGUCGACUUCGACCCAAUCUCCCCCGGCACGUAUGCUCCAAACCAUUUCUCCCACGGCUCUCCGCGGUCGUCCGCCCCUAAUUCUCCCGGCCUGCCCCGCCAGCACCAUGCCCAGAGCAUAAACGGAUUCCAGAGGAUGUCGGGCGACUUUGGCGGUGCCGCAGAUAUGGGUGGGGGCCUGGGGAAUCUCGCAGAUGAGCUGGCAGAUGCAUGGGAGGAGGAAGAGGGUGGAUACGGGUAUGCGUCCGGACAGGAGAUGGAACAUGUCCCCGGAGCUUCACAACGCCCGGACCGCAGCGACACCGAGGAUGAAUACCACAUGGCGAACAGAACCCCCUCGUCGGGCUACUCGUCCGAACGGGGCUCUCUGCACCCCCCGAGGCCUAAAACGCGGAAUGGCGCCAAUCGGCACCGACGACAUGAGUCCCACUAUGACGGGUCCGAUUAUGGGAAUGAGUCCGAUCUGGAGGAGGCGGAUAUAUCGCCCAGUCUGGAGAGCCAGAUGGCGGAGAUCGAGAGCCUGGCUCGCCGUGGGAUCGAGAACAAUGGCAGUGAGAACGAUCAUGUCAUUCAACGGGCGGUCGAAGCUCUUCGAGACCUUGGUGGUCAGAGUGGCAUUGAGAAUAAUGCCAUGAGACUCAUCACGGCACACUCCUCUAUCACGUCGCAUCUCACUCAUCAAACCCGCACCCUGCAAACCCUCACCCAUCCUCUUCUUUUCUCGCCGUUCCCGAUCCUCUCUUCAGAUGCCAUCGAUGCUCUCAUCCCCCUCAUUGACGAUGAUCUCCUACCGAACCUCCCCUACCCAUUCCCCGACCCGUCUCGAUCUCGACCCGACACGCCCUCGCAAACAUCCACCCUCGACCCCCUCGUCUCUCUCCAAACGCUCGUCUCGCAAACAUCCGACAUCACCCUCUCCCUGCGCGGGCUGAGUGACACUCUUUACGAAUCCCGCCAACUUACCUCGACCGCCUCCCGAAGACUCCGGUCCGCACGAGAACUCGUCGCCGAGCUCCGUCGGGAAGAAGAAGGCCGCGAAGAAGGCACCCGGUGGAUCGAACGAGGUGACUGGGAUCGCCGACUCAAAGAUCGCGAGGCCGGCCGCGAGUGCGGUGAUGUGGUCAGCGGCUUCGAAGCCAUCUGCGGCGAAUGGAGGGAACGGCUCUUUGGUGCGGCUGGCGCCGAAGUAGCUGCUGCUUGAUUGACAUGAUUCCCCAGUUCUUUACCCUCCUUUUUUCUUUUUUUCCUUUUUUCCAAACUGAACCCAUUCUAUCCUCUCAUGACAUACAUACAUACAUACACAAGACACAUACACAUACAAUUUUCACCUCUGCAUUUAAGAAAACACUUGACAUGUAUGUGGUUUUCUUCGAGGUCGCGGCAUACCCCAGAUCAGAUAUUUCUUUAUUCUCUUUUCGUUUCAAAGUAUAUAGAUUUCUAUUUUGUCGGUUUUUUAAAGUGAGGUAUCUCUGCAAAGGUUUUAAUCAUUAUCAUCGGGAGUUGUAUCUUUCAUUUGGAUGGAGAAUCUUCGUCUACAGAAUCAUAUGGAGCAUUGAUCCGUACAUAGUUACAUACAUCCAUGGAUAUUUGUU